UUCCCCUUUCCCCUUUCCCCUUCCCCCUUCCCCAGCUCCAGCAGCGCUGGUCUGCUAGUCCGAAUAUCCCUCUUAGCUUGAGGUGAGUUGUGCCCUCUGCCUGUGACCUUUCCCAAAUACCUAGGACAGAAGACAGGACAGGGAGGAGAAUGAGGCACGGAGGGUGGAGAAGCUGAAGGGACCUUGCAAGAUCCUUGCGUACUCUCCGCUCUCCCUUGGAGGAUGCGUAGAGGAAGCUCUCUCAUUGUCAGGCGGACUUCCCAGCCUGCCACAGCCCCUCUGGUCCAGAGAGAUCAUUUCUCAGGCGUGCCGCGCAGCGAGCGCCGCUUAGAGGCGCAGAAACCAUGGACUGGACUGUCGGGGCCGUGAGGGCUCAGCCCCAGAUUUAGACAUGGCCUCGCCAGUGGUUCCCCAGUCUGGGUCCGAGACGCUUGGUGCAGGAGGAGGAAGAGGAGGAGGGACUUGAGAAGUGAGGGGUGAAGGGUGGGGGUGGGGCAGGUACGAAGGUGAUUUUCUCCCCCAUCUAUUUUCCUGCCCUGAGGAGCAAUGACAUCACCCAGGCUCCUCUGGGCACAAAGAAAGGCAAAGAGAAGCAGCCGGAGGAUGCGCCGGUGGUGGCUGCGGCUUCGGCUGCUACGGAGAGAGCCAGAUCAACCCCGGCCAGGUGCUGCUGCUGCUCCAGCUCUUGUUUCUCUUCUUCCUCCUCCUCCUCCUUCUGCUCUUCCUCCUCCUCCUCCUCCAUCUCCUCCACUUCUCUCCGCGCCAGCUGCUCGCUGAGCUCGCUCGCGCUCCUGACGCCUCGUCUCGGAGCCCUCCUCCAUCGCCUCUUCCUCCUCCUCCUUGUCCCAUGCGCACCGCCCUGGCCAGCCGAGGGCCGCCGGGCGCCAGCCGCGCAGCAUGCACUGGGGGAUUGGCUUUGCCUCGUCCAGGUCGUGUGUGGUGGAUCUGAGCCGGAACCAGAGCAUCUCCUUCGGCUUGUGGGCCGGAUCUGAGGAGCCCUAUACCUUUUAUGGGGACAUCAUCGCUUUCCCUUUGCAGGAUUACGGAGGGAUCAUGGCAGGGUUGGGUUCGGAUUCCUGGUGGAAGAAAACCCUGUACUUGACUGGGGGAGCCCUGCUGGCUGCAGCGGCGUACCUGCUCCACGAGCUCCUGGCCAUUAGGAAAGAGCAAGAGGUUGACUCCAAAGAUGCUAUUAUUUUGCAUCAGUUCUCAAGGCCAAACAAUGGUGUCCCCAGUUUGUCUCCUUUCUGUUUGAAAAUGGAAACUUAUUUAAGGAUGGCCGACUUACCUUACCAGAACUAUUUUGAUGGAAAGCUUUCCCCUCAAGGGAAAAUGCCUUGGAUUGAAUACAAUCAGGAAAAAGUGUCUGGCACAGAAUUCAUCAUUGACUUUUUGGAAGAGAAACUUGGAGUGAACUUAAAUAAAAACCUUGGUCCUCAUGAAAGAGCAGUGUCAAGAGCUGUGACCAAGAUGGUGGAGGAGCACUUCUAUUGGACAUUAGCUUAUUGCCAGUGGGUGGACAAUCUCCAUGAGACACAAAAGAUGCUCUCUCUUAGUGGUCCCUUUAGUGACCUGCUCAAGUGGAUUCUCUGCCACCUAACAAAAGGCAUUGUGAAGCGAGAAAUGUAUGGCCAUGGCAUUGGUCGAUUCUCUGAGGAAGAAAUCUACAUGCUGAUGGAGAAAGACAUGAGAUCUUUAGCAGGACUUUUGGGUGAUAAAAAAUACAUCAUGGGACCAAAAUUUUCUACUCUUGAUGCCACCGUCUUUGGACACUUGGCACAGGCAAUGUGGACCUUACCAGGGACAAGACCUGAGAGACUAAUCAAAGGAGAACUGAUUAACCUUGCCAUGUACUGUGAAAGAAUAAGGAGGAAAUUCUGGCCAGAAUGGCACCACGAUGAUGACAAUACCAUCUAUGAGUCUGAGGAGAGCAGCGAAGGCAGCAAGACGCACACCCCCCUGCCGGAUUUCAGCUUUUAUUCAAGGACAGAAACCUUUGAUGAUGAAGGGGCAGAGAACAGUAUAUCCCGGACGCCCGACACAGACUUCACUGGACACUCCCUCUUUGAUUCUGAUGUGGACAUGGAUGACUAUACAGACCACGAACAAUGCAAAUGAUGCCCAGGCACGCUGGCCCUCCUUUCUCCGAGCUGUCACCUCUUGGGGUCAGUCCAGUGUUCCCAGGUAGAGCACCAUACCCUCCAGGGAGGGAGAGCUCCUGGGAUGUGGUCCAUACAGUGUUAACUGGACUAGGUCAGACGCCUUAUUUCUUUUUGUAACAAAAGACCAAGACAACAAAGACAAAACCCAGAAAUAGCAGAGAACAAAGCUGUUCAGACCAUUUAGAACACAAACAGCCAACAAAGUCAGCAUGGUUCUUGAAAUUCAUUUUUGUUUUCAUGAGAAAACUAAUCUCUCAGUUUGGGUGGAGCCCUGGUGCAGGGAGAACA